AUGAACGUCUUUGACCCAAAGUCUGACAGUCCCUUCCACGACCCACCGCGCGGCAAGCCACGAGCACACUGGAACGUUGAUGUGAGGAAGUGUCGCUUGACAGCGCACCAUAACGUGUACAUUGGACAGCACAUUGACGACGCAAAGUUUGCCGUGAAGGCGGUGCGCUUGCUGCUGCGCAAGUCAUUCACCGUUCAACUUGCCCGCCGCGCCGACACAUUCACACAUGCGCACUCCUCUCACGACGGCGCUGUUGGUGGUGUGAGCGAUGUUGGUGAUGAGGUGGACGAUGUGCUGCUGCUGGAGGAGGAUGAAGAAGAUAUUAACUCUGGCGCUGACACACAACCAUCAACUGACGACGACGAUGAUGAUGAUGAUGAUGAUGAUGAUGCUGUGCUGGAUGAUGCGCUUGGUUGCGAUGAGGAAGAGGGCGAGAUUUGGUCGCACAACGACGUGCGCUAUGUCUUGUUCGAGUACUCGUGGGGUGACGGCACGCCACUGGCAAUGCGGGCCGGUUCGCCAACCCCACCCACUACACCGGUGCACACGCGCGUCUCAUCGGCGAUGUCGCUGCCACACGAUGCUAGCCAUGAUGCAAUCCGGCAUGGGCACGCCGCCAACAACGAUGAUGGUGUUGGUGUUGGUGAUGAUGGUGCUGCUGCUGAUGACGGCACCACAGGCAUGGCACGCGCUUAUCACACUGCAGGAACACGACAACACACGCGGGGUGAACAAGCAAAGUCCGACGAACGACGUGGCAAACAUCAACAUCAACACGCCCACGCGCACACGCACGGCCGCCAUCACGACCACCAACACCACGGGGAGCACGCACCGAAGGAAGCGUUUCCACCGCGCCACGUGCCGCUGUUUGGGCCUUCAACAAUCGCGCGGCGCAUUGGGCGGUCCGUCGCUGUCGCGUUUCGGUCGCUGGUGGUUGAGUUUGAUGAUGAUCCAUUCGAACGGCGGCUGAACGAGAACUUUGGAGUGAUGCGAUCGGAGUUUGGGCACGACGUUGUUCUGGAGAGCAGAUCCUUCGACGACCACCACCCACACUCCCACGUCAUUCACCCGCAGUCGCGCUUGACAGAGGAGCAGCGCAAAUUCCGUCGAGCAAAGGAGAUGAAGGAAAAGGGUGAACGCUACUGCCGCUCCAUCGCCGCUUUACAACGCAAGAAGCUGCCGCUGCUGCGCCUCUCGUACAAGAAUUUGUGCAUGACCUUCUUGCCAGACGAGCGAAUGACGACGACUGCCGGUGUUGAGGAGUGCAUCCGAACCCUCGACAGUGGCAGCAGCUACCCUGACCAAGGCAUCAAGUACGACAUGAUCAUCCCAAGGAAACUGCACAUGACGGUGUCUGUGCUGCGCGUGCGUGUGCGAGAUGUGCCGAAACCGCUGCUUGAGGUCAAGCGCAUGCGCAUGCGGGGUGCAUUCUUCAUCACGGAGGCGACACCAACGCCGACAGCGCUGUUCGACCAGGCAGUGUUCGUCGACCCGUCAACCUACUUUGUGUUCCGCAAGGGCCUCUCCCCACUCAAGCUGUAUCACGACAUAAAAAUGCAUGCAGGCAGCAUUACGGCUUCGUGGGGUCCUUACCUUGACCCGCUCGUGACCCAGUGUGGUUACGUUGCCGAUGUGAUUGACACGCCAUCGUGCGAUCCAAGCCCGCCAAUGCCGUGGUUUGACAAGGCCAGGCUGCUGCGUCACGGCCCCUUCUCCUUCACUGCCGACACGCUUCGGCUGAACAUGCUUGGCAACCCGGACGUGACGGACAACACAGACUACCUUGAGACGGCGCUCGCUGGCGCCGCCUUCAAGUGGAACCACUCACGCAUGUCCCUCUCCGGUGAUUUGCAGACACGCAUUGUCACCCCAUCCAAGUUCAACAACUGCCCGCUCUUUGACUUCCCCGACUUCACCGUCGACGUUCUCAUCCACUGGAUGACGCGCGGCGAUGGCAACAACCACCACGCAGCGUGUCCGGUUGCCCCAGAGUUUGCGCACCGCCACCACGACAGCUACUGCGGUUUCCGCUCGCAGCACGUUGAGCUUGACAUGGAGGUGCAGAUUGGGGAGCACCGCGAGGAGGUGGACGUGGAUGAGACACCUGUGCACUCUGACGUGAUGCAUGAAGGCAGCGGGAUGGCAGACACACCGGAGAGUGAGAGUGGGCGCACCAGCACCAGCACGCUCAAGGCCUCGAAACAGAGCAGUGACAGCAGCAAACAGAAACACAGCACACGCACUGGGCACGAUGGCAAUGAUAAUGGUGGUGGUGGUGGUGGUGGUGGUGGUGGUGGUGAUGGUAGCGAGGGCAAAGAUGGGUCACGUUCAACAUCGCCAUCUGCAGCCUCAGCGUCAUCAUCGUCGUCCUCUUCAACAUGUUCAUUGCCACAGAACCACUGCUGCAUCCUUCUUUAUGGACGGACACUGCGGUGGCUGGAGCAGUUGCAGUCCGCCUUUGACGUGACAACACGACCCAUCCGCAAAGGCCCGCUCUACGUCAACGGCCUCAAGUGGACAGACGCCCUGCGCAAGCAGUGGGCACCAGAGGUGCUGCGCGCCAAGAGCAGGUACACACGCUCCCUCACACCGGCAGCGGUGCAGCGGAAGCCGUCGCUUGGGCAGCACCUGCACGAGGUGCGAUCUCGAUGGCAGGGCGCCCGCAUCUCCGCCGUCUACUGCAACCAGUUUGAAAGGGAGGAUGUGCUGCUGAUGACCGCAACCGACUUUGACUGGAAGAUACAAUACAAUCACAUUUCCCGAUGGGAUCUCAUUCGGAAGUUUGAUCCACCACUCCGACAACGCGUACGACAAGACUGGCGGUUGUCGACGGGAAGCGCUGUCAUGGAUGACGUGUACAUGUAUACGGCAUUGAAACCGGACAAGGGCGACGCCAGCGUGCUCGCCACGCGGCCAGGCUCCAAAUACAUUGUGGACGACCUGCAGGAGUUUGUCAAGUCGUGUUUCAACACCACACGCAAGUUGCGCAAGUGGAGCGCUGACGUCACUGCACAUCCGCGCGGGGGCGGCAAUCUGAUUGACGGCGCCUACUGGGACCUGUUCAUGUACUGCCCGCGCUGGUUCUACGCCGGGUACCCGCCUGUGGAGCGCGCUGGGCGACAGCCGGCCAAUGCGGACGUAACAUCCGAUGAUGGCGCCUCCCUGUCCUUCUCGAUGGCAUCGGACCGGAGCCAUGCGAGCGAUGCGCGGUCCGUGUCGUCAAACGACUCGAGCUGCCGCGUGAUGGUGUCGCAUCGCCGUGGCCGGCUCGGCAGCUCAGAGUCCCUGCCAUCGGUUAUCAGCGCCACGGGCGACAGUAACAUGAGCAUUGGCGGCGCCAGCGGCAGUGGCGUGAGCGGUAGUGGCAGCGGCCACUCUGGGCAGCAGCACCACACGCAACAGAUGGUGGUGAUGCAUCCCCACCAUCAUCAACAGCAGUACAAGCAACAACACCAGCAGCACCAACACCAGCAGCGGUCCCACCAACAGCAUCGCUAUCAGCACCCGAGCAGCCGGAAUGUGGGUCGGGAACACGGAAGCAUGGAGGUGCACAGCACGGCUGGGCAGCCGCAAAUCAUGGUGUCGCCGCCCAUGUACAGGAGCGAGCUUGGCCAAGUGUUUGCGCACACGUUCAUCUUUGUUGAGGCGCGAUUUGUCUGGACAUGGACCGUGAAAGAGGUUGUUGACAACAUUGAGACGUCGUACCGCAACCGCCGUCUGCGGCAAUCGCAGCUCUCGUCCAGCGUCAUCGUCAACCCGGGCGAGUUCUCCCUGCAGAGCGAUGGCGGCAUUGGCCAGGCCACCAGCAGGUUCGGUUUGCUUGCAGGCACCACGGGUGACGGCAGCAGCAACGGCGGUGGUGAAGGCGACAAUGACGAUGGGAAAGCACCUGGGGCAACACUGACGUCGGGGACAUUCCGCACGCUCCUGGACCAACUGAUGGAGGGCGCAGGGCAGACGACCACGGCGACAGCGACGGCGCCCGUCGACGCCUCGUCGACAUCUGCACCUGAUGUGCCCGUGCCAUCACAUGCGCCCGCAGCUCGCGCAGAGAUUGAGCAAGACCUCAAGUGCCGCUCGAUGCUGUUCAAACUGGACAAGCUUCAGGUGCUGAUGCGCGGCGUGGAGACGAACACGCCAGUCAUCCUCACCGCCGACACCUGCGAAGUGGAGGAGUUCUUUGGCGGGCGAAAGCUGUACCGCAGCACGAGCACACAUUACCCCGAGCUGAAGAUGGAGACGACAUCAGAGCAGUGGGCAGCGGCGCUGGACAUUAUGACAAAUGUCAUAUUUGCUGACACGACGAAAUUCCAGGCUGCUGCCGAGCACAACGAGGUGGUGACGCUCAGCUCUCACUUGCAGCAAAAAUCGCAAGACGACAUCAAGAAGGAAAUUGCUGCGCUUCAACGAGACAUCAGAGUUGUUGACCGUGCGUUGAAAGCCAUUGAACGUGAAAUUGCCAUCCUCGUCUCUCCUCCACAUCAGCAGCAGCAGCAACAACAACAACAGCAGCAGCAGCAGCAGCAGCAGCAGGGUGGCGGUGGCGUGCUUGAUCGGCUUCUUCACACGUCAUCACGCUGGUUCUCGUCGAUUCCUGCACACGACAUUCUCGGAUCAACACCACCAUCGCUGUGGACGCCAGAAACUCGCUCGCACACGUCACUUACACACCGCGAGGAGGGUGCAACAACAACAACAACAGCACUCGCACGUGAGCUGACGUCGGCGCUCACAGAGCACGUGCAGUCAUCAUCAAACACACGCACGCGAGCGGGAUUGGACGCAGCCACAGACGUGCAUGGCAGCAGCAGUGACGACGACGACGACGACGACGACGAUGGUGAUGAUGGUGAUGAAGGCGAAGGUGGGCACAAACUUGCGGGCGAACGAAGUGCAAACGGUGCUGGUAGUGGAGGUCCCAAGCAAUCCCCGCAGCCCAUCAAUGAAGGAGCACAGGAGGUUGAUGCACGCGGUGGCUGCCCAGCCGACGAUGACACCGACCAACAACACCAACACGUCAGCACCAGCAACGAGGAGGAUGUAGCAACCACAGCCACAGCCACCACCGCCAUGACGGCCCAUCGCUCGCCGCGUGAUCGUGGACGAAGGGCGUUUUCCUCUGCGCCGUCGAGUGCACGCAGGCGGCGAAUGCGUGCGCGUAUGUCAUUGCGCUCGCGUCAGCCGCAUCUCACGCCCACGGAACGGCUGCGUGCAGUUUCUCUUGAGCAGGACUGGGCGGCGGCAAAGGACGUGCUGGAUACGCUUCGGCUGAAUCUCGGCUCACACAUCCACGCACUGCGCGAACGAUACAUGGGAUCCACCCUCAAGAGCUACGAAGAGGAUCUUGACAGCAUGUCGAUUGCCGAGGGCACAAUUGACACGUGGAACUGGACGCUGCGUGACAGUAGCCCUGCAUCGAAUCACCAAGAAAUUAUCGAACAGAACAUUCAAGGCUUCAUGUUCCUCUCGGACACGCACGACAAUGGCGCCGGCACAAAUGAACUCAAUCUCUCUGACAUCACCAUCCACAACCGCCUUCCCAACGAGAAAUAUCCUGUUGCGCUUGGACGGUACACGGGACCAAACGCACUCCCUCCAUUUGAUCGUGAUCUCUUCUUCCGCUACUUUGCGCAGCUGCAGCCGCCCGUAGCCGGUAUGAAGGUCAUGCAACACGUCGAAAUCAACUGCGCCCCAGCCUCCCUGCAGGUCUCGCACAAUUUGGCGAAACGCAUCGAGGAGUUCUACUUCCCAUCAACGCCAGAGGAGGAGCCACCGAGCCGUUCAUCGAUUGCAACAACAGCGUCCGGGAUGUCGCUCGCAUCUGCCCACCAGCGGCUUGCAAGCGCCGUAUCAGAGGCAGCAAGCAUGGCUGCGUUGGGCUCUGUUCCUGUGCACGAUCUGCUCGAGAUGAAGUAUCGCGCCGAAUCAAACAGGAUCUUCUAUUUCGUCAAAGUGCCCUGCACACAGGUGUGCGUGAGUUACAAGGCCGAAGGCUCCUUAACAGCAAUCCACAAGAUGCUGCUCACACUCCCAAACAUCGAAAUCCACAAUGAGAACAUGUCUUUCCAAGAUCUAUGGAACAGAAUCAAGCGAGAAGCAGCAGCAACCGUCCUGCAACAAGCUGUGACACACAAGGUGUCAUUUUUCCGCUCCGAUGAAGACAAGGCGCCGAGUGUUCCCGCGCAAUCAGCCAAACACCUGAGCAAAGAAUCUCGGCGAGUGCGGCUGCUGGGGAAACACGCCACUGCAGAUGAAAAAUACAGCUCGUCUCGCAAACGAGGCCUGAGGGGCAUUUUCAAGCGGUUCGGGCGCUCGCGUGGGCGGACAUCGCCAACAAACAGCGAUAUGGACCGCGCGCGUGAUGAUGCCACGAGCACCGUGUCUGUUGCUGGGAGUAGCGGCAGCAGCAACAGCGGCGGUGACAGCCGCAGCAGCGGGCACGAGGGAGCAGACAGACACCAUGAUGAGUACGAGCGUGACGACAGUGCUGGUGCCGAGUAUGAUGAUGACGAUGAUGAUGAUGUUGUUGAUGAUGUUGAUGAUGAUGGUGAUCAUGAUGAUGAUUGUGGCGUUGACUUCGAGGCUGGUGGGGGCGCGCGGCGUGUUUCUGUGACACGAAACGACACCCAGAGUGACGUGGAUGUGCCUGUGGAUGUGUCAGUUGCAGCGAGCAGGACAACCCAACGCACAUCACCACCAUCACACCCUGUCUCUCGAGAGCAGCGAGCAACAACGCCGCCCACCAAAAUCAAAACACUGCCAGCGACGCGUGGGGAAGGCGGUGAUGUACGUGCGCACGCGACAGCAACGCCACCGCCCUCGCCAUCAGACCUGCACCUUCGAAAUGGUGCUGCACGUGGCAAUGAUGAUGAGGGUGCUGGUCGUAACGAUGAAUUGCUGACGUCGAAACAGCCAACGCCUGUUGCGCCACCGCGCCGUGCACGCAAGAAGAAGCAACAACAACAGCAGCAGCAGCAGCAGCAACAACAGCAGCAGCAGCAGCAGCAGCAGCAACAACAACAACAACAACAAAUGCAGCAGCAGCGGCAGCGCCCGCCACCAAUUGUCGUUGGUGCAGUUGUACCCACGCCCUCAGCAACAGCUAUGGUGUCGCCCACACCAAGAGCAGCAACAUCACAACAAGCAGUUGCACCAGCAGUAUCGCCGGCAUCAACACCUGCUUCCAUCCUCAACACGUCCACGCCCAACACGACACCAUCACGAUCAUCACACCAUCGUGGCGACACAACGCCCACCAUCACCAUUUCCCCUGCACCCGCCGCAACCACGUCGCGUUCGCCGUCACGCCGCCUUCCCACGGUCACUGCUGCCAUCAGCCGCUCUGCUUCCACCUCACCUCGGCCAAGCAGUCAGGGGCGGCGCAUGCCAACGCCACCGGUGUCACCCACACGAACAGACACGACAGGUCGCGCCGGUGCGCGUUCCUUGUCGGGCUCCUCGUUCACCUUCAGUCCACCUGGCAGUCGUGGUGGUUCGAGCACUGCACUGGGCAGGGGAAGCAGCAGCAGCAACAGCAGCAGCAGCGCCGCACACGUCCACCAGCAGUUGCAGCCACCACCACAACGCCAGCGCAGCCGACGCAGCCUGCCCAGUGUCCCGCCAAAGUCCCCAUCGUAG